CGUGAGCAGCUGAGACCGGCUUCUCCUUACCGCCGCCGUCUCCGGCCCGGACCCUGCCGCUACCAUGUCCUCCGACUUCGAGGGCUACGAGCAGGACUUCGCGGUGCUGACAGCGGAGAUCACGGGCAGGAUCGGGAAGGUGCCCAAGCUGCUGGGCGAUGAGAAGAAGCAGAUGGUUGCAAAUGUGGAGAAACAGCUAGAAGAAGCAAGAGAGCUGCUUGAACAGAUGGAACUCGAAGUUCGAGAAAUCCCCGCCCAAAGCCGAGGAAUGUAUAGCAGUAGAAUGAGGAGCUACAAACAAGAAAUGGGAAAACUUGAAGCGGAUUUUAAAAGGUCACGGAUUGCCUACAGUGACGAGGUGCGGAAUGAGCUCCUAGGGGAUGAUGGGAAUUCCUCAGAGAACCAGUUGAUAAAAUUACGUGAAGAGAGGGCACAUCUGCUCGAUAACACAGAGAGGCUGGAAAGGUCAUCUCGGAGACUAGAGGCUGGAUACCAAAUAGCAGUGGAAACCGAGCAGAUUGGACAGGAAAUGUUGGAAAACCUGAGCCAAGACAGAGAGAAGAUCCAGCGUUCUCGGGAAAGGCUUAGAGAAACAGAUGCAAACUUGGGGAAGAGCUCCAGGAUCCUAACCGGAAUGUUGCGAAGGAUCAUCCAAAACCGGAUUUUGAUAGUUAUCUUGGCAAUCAUCAUCUUCUUCACCAUCCUGAUGGCUAUUUAUUUUUCUGUCAAGAGACACUGAUAUCUUGGUUCUUCACUAAACAGCAACAAACUGCUUGUUCUGAGUAAUUAAGACAAAGUGGUCACAUGAAUCACUCUCGCACUGACAGAAUCUCCCUGUCUUUGCCGCUGUUCAGCUCAGGUGCAAGUAGCGUAAAAAUAUCUUGUAUUAUUGAUUGCAUGUGGAUUUCAUUUUUUCCUUGUUUUUUCCCCUUAAAAUGAAUGUUUUUGGAAUCUUCGUAUAUGGGUUUUUAUAUAAAAAACAUAACUAAGAAGAAUUAAUGUGUGUCAGAUUCCACACCGGGUUAUUCAUUUGUAAGUUACAAGAGUUUGGGGGGGAGGGGGUGAAGUGUCUCCACACUUUUCUUCUGUUGUGUUGGGUGUAUAAAUAUCUAGCAGUAUCUGAUCUUCUGUGACAUCAAAGAAUAUGAGUAAAGCAGAGACCAAAUGAUAUAGAAAGUGAACCUGUCCCAUGUGAGCCACUCCUGUUCAUAAGUGUCCAUAAUAAAUGUUAAGUAGUUAAUUUUAAAAAAGACAUCACCUCAUGUCAGAGGGUGUUUAAUACCUGAUGUGAACCUACUACUUUAUUUGACACAAUUUUGCCCGUAAACUUUCUUUACUAUUAGAAACAUUUCCAUUUGCACCAAGUCCCAACUAUGAUAUGUGCAUUACUUGCCCAACGUUUAAUAGUGACCAUGGAACAUAGUAUUGAAUCAGCUUUGCAUCAUUCCAAUGCUAAGAUAUAGUCUGGUAAAAAAACAACCAGUGGUCUAUUUUAAAGAUGUGUAAAACUACUUAUCUGUUGUUUGCCAGCUGCAAAGAGAACGUAGAUCAAUAUUUCAGUAACAAAUACAAUAGGAUUACAUUAAAUGCAAACAGAAUUAAGGAUUUUAAGUAUGGGUAUGAAAAUGAGUUCAUGUGCAGAAAACGUUUUUAAUGAAUUGAAUUCAAACUUAUCACUGACUUUUUAAAUAGAAAGUUUGAAAAAGUUAAUUUAUACUAACAGAUGUUCGCUGAUAUAUUGUAUAAAAGCUUGAUCUAAUAGGAGAUUAAUGUGUAAAUGGGA